CAAUGAAAUUAAACGUUGCAUAUCCUGCAACUGGCGCACAAAAAACUUUUGAGUUGGAAGAUGAGAAGAAAUAUCGAAUCUUCUUUGAGAAGCGUAUGGCUCAGGAAGUUGAAGCUGACCCUUUGGGUGAUGAAUGGAAGGGUUAUAUUCUUCGUAUAACUGGAGGGAAUGACAAACAAGGAUUUCCAAUGAAGCAAGGAGUUAUUACAAAUGGACGUGUUCGUCUACUUUUAUCUAAAGGACAAUCUUGUUAUCGUCAACGUAGAAAGGGUGAACGUAAACGAAAAUCUGUUAGAGGAUGUAUUGUUGAUGCAAACUUGAGUGCUUUGGCUUGCAUUAUUGUUCGGAAAGGAGAUAAUGAGAUUGAAGGAUUGACUGACAAAAUUGUUCCUCGCCGUCUUGGACCUAAACGGGCAACAAAAAUUCGUCGUCUCUUCAAUUUAACCAAAGAAGAUGAUGUUCGUAAAUAUGUUAUUCGACGUACACUUCCGGCAAAAGAAGGAAAGAAGCCACGUGUUAAAAUGCCAAAAAUUCAACGUUUGGUAACUCCAAUAACUCUUCAACGCAAACGCCGCCGUAUUGCUCUCAAAAACAAGCGCCGUCAAAAGCGUCGUGAAGAAUCUGCAAUUUACCAUCAAACUUUGGCUAAAUAUGCAAAGGAGAAAAUUGCUGAAAAAGCUGCACGUCGUCAUUCUUCUGCUUCACAAUCAAAAGCUUCAGAAUCUGAGCCGAGACAUUCAUUUACUACUGUUAAGAAAAGUAAGAAGUAA